UGUUUUGUGAAAUGAAAAAUGUUAGAAAUAUAACAAUUUAGGAGUUUUCGAAUUUUAGUGAUUCAAUAAAAAAUACAAGACUACCGGCAUAGGCUUUCAACCUUGAAACAACAAAGAAGCGUACAAAAAGCGCAGUUUUCCACACUGGAAACCACCAACACAGCUGACUAGUAAUACACACACCCCAGUCGUGAAAAGGGGGUUAAAAAGCCGGGUGACAGGACGUGAAUUAUAAAACGAGGCUAAACUUCGGAGAUUGCAAACGGCUCGUCAUGGAGGAACGCGCUGUGCUCGCCAACAUUGCGUCCAUAAUCACCAAGGAUUUGCUGAUUGACCAGCCGUCCGUGGACAUAAAUUCAGGAAUUUAUCCACUGUUGUCCUUCGACGAGGAUGACGAUGAGGCGGAGAUUUUCGCCUUGAUGCAGCGAAAACGGGCGUUGGCUUCCGGCCGGAAGCGCAGGAUCUCCCAAGAACCGGAGGACCAGAAACAGGACGUAAAGAUGCCCAAGCUGGAGUGGCACUACCCGGAACUCAACCUACUGCACCGCUACACGGAUGCCCAGUUCGAGUCCAACAUCCACAUGCGCAAGCUAACAUUCCUGAAAAUCCAGCAAGCCCUAGAGAAAACUUUAUGUGGAAUCACGUUGCCUGGCUAUCCCAGUCCGCCGUCACAGACCAUGGUGUCCUUGGCCCUGUGGAAGCUGUCCACCGACGAGCACUUCGAGGAGAUCGCCCGCAAAUUUCGACUGCCCUGGGCUCUCUGCCAGCAGGUGGUGCGGGCAUUCUGGCACUGCAUCUCUGAUAAUUACGAGAGCUUUAUUAAGUGGCCAAACUCACUGGCGGCCCAGCGCAGCACCCUGCAGGGAUAUCAACGAAUGGACAAACUGCGCUGCUUUCGGGAACUGUUUGGCAUCAUAACGCUGAAGCGACUGGAAGUAUUUCUGGAGUCGGAGCACGCCGAUGUGCCGGUGGUGCUCCAGUUAAUCUGCAAUGCCGAGCGGAAGAUCGUCGACUGCUACGUUGAGCUGGCCAUGGAGUACAGCUUCGAGGACUCCCCCAUUGGCCAGACAUUGGCCCUGAAUCCGAGGACCAUGCCGGCGGGCAGCUAUCUCAUCGGCAACGAGGUGUUUCCCCUCAAAUCCUACCUGAUGCGGCCCAUUGAGGCCGAGUGCUUCCGCAAGGAUGCGAUGUUCAACGAACUGCUGCGUCCCGCCUUUGAGCUGGCGGAACAGGUAAUGGACACCUUGGCACGACGAUUCAAUACCCUGUACGCUUUGGAGGCCCGGGAUUUGAACGAGGUCCGCCUUAUUGUGGAGAGCAUCUGUGCGAUGCACAACAUCUGCGAGGAGUACCAGGACGAUGGACUGGAGGACCCUGGACAUAGGUCCUUUAGUUGGGGCGGGGUGGCGGAGGGUGUCAGGGGCAGUGAGAAGGACUCGAAGGGACUGCAGCGAAGGGUUGAGCUCCUUGACGAACUGGUGGCCAUCGAGCCGGGCGAAUAAAGUAGCGUUUCGCUUAA